UCCUCCCCCCCCCUUCUCUCCCCCCCCUCUCUCUUUUUCUCUCUCCCGUCUCCCUUCUCCUCCUCUGAAAGGGUUUUAGCAGCCGGGCGGAGGCGGAGUUCGGCGGCAGAGGAUUAGAAGUGGAUGCGCUCAGAGACCGGCAGAGAUUUCUUCUCCCCCCCCCCCCACCACCACCCCAUCGCCCGCCCGCUCCUCCGCCGUGCGCCUUCGCCUCCACCGCGUCUUCUGGGAAAGCAGCCGAAGGAAGAAGAAGGAGGAGGAGGAGGAGGCAAAGGAUCGGAGCGCCCCAACCCUUCACCUCCAGCAAGAACCCUGACUCAGAUCCGCCUAGAUCCCUCCCUUCCUUUGGACAGGCAAAAAGGAAAAAAAAAAAAAAAAAGGGAAGAGAAAGCGAGGCGGCUGAAGAAAAAAAAAAAUAAAAAAAAAUCCCCUCCAUUCCGAGCCAACGGGACCGGCUGGAGCCAGACGAGCUUCCUUCCAGCCAUGGAGCGAGCGAAGGAUCUAGUAGUCUCUCGCCUGCCUCGGGCUUCCAAGAUCCAGCUGGCUUGAAAGCGUACGUACGCAGGGAUCCUUUGCUUUGCUCCCUGCUUCGAAGGAUCGCGGCGGGGGGGGGCGGAAUUCCUGGCGUCUAGGGGGGAUCGAGGAACCAGGGGCUUCGGUUGGGGGUUCUCCUCAGUUGGUGUGUGGGAUCCCCGUCUGCUCAGCCUUCAGAUCCCGCCUGAUUUCCCUCCGGAUCUUUGAAGCGUUCCUCGAGAGGCGGGAAGCGGAGGGAAAAAAAGGGUCUUCUUUUUGGCACUCCCUCGCCUGGAUGUACAGUACACGUGUUGCUCCCUUUUUGACGUUUCUACGGAUCCAGCCCUAAUUCUCCGGAAGAGUAUUCGCCCCCCCCCCCGCUCCCUCAAAAGGGUUGGUUUUUUUUUUUUCAUCUUCUGCAUCGCUUGUGCAUAUCUGGGGACGGUAGGGACACGCCAACGUUUUUAAGAAGAUUAUUUUAAGGCUUCUUUUCCAAAUUCCUAGAAGGAUCAGUUCUUGGAAGUCUCUAGUUGCACGCCAUUCUUUUUCCGGGAAAAUUACCAAGCGGCAAUUCAUCUUUUGGGCUCCUCGAUUCUAAGUGAAGACUGGUCUUCCCCAUCGGCUGGUUCGGUGCCUUGGCUUUCCAGAAUAUAAAAGUUGGCUUGUGGUACCAAGCAAGGCGCGCUUAGUGUUGCCUUUUGUUCCAUCAGUGGUUUUUGUAGAUCUUUGAACAGCUGGAAUUAACGUGAAAUUCCGAAGUUUGGAUUCUGCUAAAGGGACUUGACGUUGCAAUGUCUUCUGACAGAUCAUCUUCCUCUUCCUGAUCCUUCAAGCUACUCUUUCCCAUUUUCUUUUUUUCUGAAUGUAUUCUUUGUACUCUCCCACCUUUCUGUCUCCUUUUCCAAUCCAGCUCUCCCUCAUUUCACCUCCCAUCUGUCACUUCCUCCCAUCUUCCUCUGAUCAUUUUUUUAUCUCUGAGCCUCCAUUUUCUGCUACUCUAAUAUUGUCCUUCCUCUCCUUUCCAGCCACUGCCCAUUUCUCUUAACCCCCUUCUGCUCAUUGCCAAUUCUGUUCCAGAUCCUUUUCUUUCUCCUUCUUCCCUCCCUCUUUUAUUCCAUUCUUUUCCUGGCCUCUUUUGUUUUUGUGUUGCUUUUAAGUUGCUCUCCCCAGCCACUUUCCCCCCCCCUCUGUUUUUUCCCUUGCUUUGUGCCUUCUCACCCCCUGAACAUAACCCACCCAAUCUUUUCUUUUCUUUUUUUUCACUCCUUUUUUUCUCCCAGAUUUCCCUCUUGUUUCCUGCUGUCUCACACCUCCAGCAAAGAUGUCUUCAACUCCUCCGCUGCCUGAAUGGAAACUCCAGUUACUGGAGCGUCGGCGAAAGGAGGAAGAGGAAGCUCGGCGGCGGGAACAGGAGCAGCAAGACCGCAUGGCUAAGAUGCCAGCUUGGAAACGGGAGAUCAUUGAACGACGCCGGGCCAAGCAAGGUUCCAGCACGUCUUUUUCUGAACCAAACGGACCAGGAGAAACGGAGAGUGGCCCAACCUCUGUGCCUGCUGCAACGUCAUCCUACCAAGAGGGGGAGCCAGAGAGUUCGGUGCUACAGGAGAAGAUUGGCCCAGUUCACCAAAAUCCUUUCAUUCAGCUGGAGAAGCGCCGCCAUCAUCAGGAGUCUGGCCCUCCAGAAAGUGAAGUUGCGAAUACCAAAGCCAAACAAAUAGUGGAUCUGUGUGGGCAGAUUCCAGGCGUCCGGACCCUGCGGGCAGACAAUGUCAUUAUAAUAGAAACAGCCCAUGGGGCACCACCGGCGCAGCUGGCUAGCGACCGCCACUCGGGAGAAGCCAAAUCAGGCAGCAUGGAGUCCCUCAAUGAGCUGUUGGCCCGCCGUGGGGGCAGCGUGACCGAGAUCCGUGCAGGCGAGGUCUUCAUCGUCAAGUCGGCUUUGAGCCGCAGCGUGGAGGAUCUCAAUGCCGUGGGCCGAGCUGAGCAUCGGGCAUCGCUGCCCGAGCAGCGCCAAGGGCGGGUGAGCAAACUGCUCAGCCGGUUCAGCCAAGAGGACGGUGGAGGGGUGGUGAUGCCAUCACACCCGGUGAAGUCCCUCAGCACUGAGAAUUUAACUGAAAGCACCUUUGGAGGAAAGAAGCCAGCCCAUUCUCCAGCAGACUUCACCUCAUCCCGGCUGCCUUGCGUCAGUCGCCUCCCCAGCCCUCCCUGCGACCUCCCGGGACUGACGUCCCCAGGGCCUUGCACUGUGGCAUCUUAUCGAAGUCAAUUUGAAGCUAAAUCAAGCGGUGGGGAGGGCUGGCCAGAUAGUCCUCCAAGGCGCUCACCCACUGGGAAAAGAUGGGGAAGAGAGGCCGUGUCCCCAGACAGAGGACCCAGGGUGGAGAGCAGUGAUUUGGAGGCGGCAGUGGAAAGCCACCCAGCUGAGGAGGAUGUCCAGGGCAAAGCCUUGGCCAACCUGCACCUCCACUCCAGGAACUCCUUCAUGGUUGUGCCACUGCGGGCUUCAGCCUCCCCUCCCCCAGAACCCAAACAGGAAGCCAGCCCUUCCCCUCCUUCAGCCAAGCCCCCAGUCCCCACUUCCUGCUCUUCACCCAGCUGUGAACAACUUCUCCCGGACGCUGUUGAGGAGCCGCCGCCCGAGGCCGAGGCCAUGAGACGCAGCAGCAACAGCAGAGUUAAGGAGGACAUCAGGAUGGGAGGCCUGGGCCGGGUCUCAUCCCCCCAUCCAGCAAUGCAGCGUCGCAGUGGCAACACCAUCACAAUCAAUCCUCGGAAGGCCUCCGUGUCACCUGUCAUGGCUGUGGAGAAUGGCAUCGAGAGCUCUCCGCCACUGGCUACGAUGCCCAUGAAGAAACGCUACCCCACAGUGGAGGAGAUCCAGGUGAUUGGGGGCUACCUCUCCCUGCAGAGAUCUUGUCUUGCAAAGAAUGACCGACAUCGGAAAAAGCUUAGGAUUUCAUUCAGUGAGAACCAGCUGGAGAGGACAUUCCAAUACCCAUCAGAGAGUUCCCUACUGGAGGAGUUUGGGCCCCCAGAAGAGUCAGAAUCUUUGGUUAGCACAAACCCCCCUGGGGAUGAGGAGGAAGAAGAAGAGGAGUUGCUGCUGCUUCAUCGUGGCCUCCCUGGCCUGCUCAGGAGCAAACCACUUAUUGUAGAUGAGUCCUGUCGGCGAUAGCUUAUCAUCUUUCUUUCCUGGUACAGGAAAAGAUGGAAUCUAUUUCAAGAUUGGAGCCGUGUUUCAAAAUCCUUCGGCUGGACCUUGAAUCUCUUUUUGUCUUCCAAUGACUGACACACCAAGGAAAAAGAAACAGGGACCAAUAAAGACCUAUCAACCUCUUCCUAGUUUUGAACACUGUGCGUUUCUCCCUUCAGGAGUUAACACAGCAUCUUCACCCUUGAUAUGGCUCUUCUCUCCACGUUGACCCUGAAAACAGAACCUCUUUGCUUAGGAAAAACUACCCCACAUCUAGAUGGCUCCAAAUUGUGUGAAAUGCAGCCCAAUCUAGAAGGGAAUCUCAACCAAUGUUUUUCCUUCUGCUCCUGUCAGUCGCUGAGGAGCCUGUUUUAAUAUUUUCCCUGAGGAAAGACCAUUGAACCUUCAAACACCAAGGGCUAACAUCACUGAACCUAUUUUACUCCUUACCAUCAACCACACAGCAUUUGAAAGCUUCAGCUCUGGGCUGAGGGACAUUGAUGUAACUUUGUCUGGUUGUUGUUGUUGUUUUUCUGCUUUUUUUUUCUUUAUAAAGUAUCUUGUCUUGUUAUGAUGUUUAAAGGAAAACAAAGCAAAGCACCA